UGUGGCAACUACUAGCCUUUCGUAAACUCCCACAUUUCAGACGCCUCCAACCUACCACGCCAAGACUUUCUUUCGGGUAACAAAGACUUUGAUCAGCAUAUAUCUCCGUCGUAACAACCGCCGUGACCAGCAGUUUGGGUUGGAAUUCUUGUGAUUGGAAGCGAUGUCGGAAACAUCUCUGAGGGCAAGAUCUAUAGUUUCCAGGCAACCAUCUCAAUCAUCAGAUGAACCAACAACAAGAAGGAACAACCAUGAGCCUGAAACACCAAAAUCACCAUCAAAGCCACCCACUUUAUCUCAACGGGCGAUCUCGCAAACCUUGACAAGCACGGCAAACUUAGCCAACCUUCUUCCUACAGGCACGCUCCUAGCCUUCCAACUCCUCGUGCCAAUUUUUACUAACAACGGAUCGUGUGAUUCCGCUACUCGCCCCAUGACGCUCAUCCUCCUUUUCCUCCUUGCCCUUUCCUGCUUUCUUGCUUCCUUCACAGACAGCGUUAAGUCAUCAGAUGGACAAGUUUAUUAUGGUUUUGCUACAUUCAAAGGAAUGUUCCUGUUUGACUAUCCUGAUCCUACAGGUUCAGGCCUGCCUGAUUUGACCAAGUAUAGAAUCAAGUUCAUUGAUGGAGUUCACGCAGUUUUGUCCGUGCUUGUGUUCGGUGCCGUGGCUUUGAGGGAGAAGAAUGUCUUGAACUGCUUCUAUCCAACACCAAAACAUGAAACGCAGGAGGUUUUGAACAUUGCACCGGUUGGAAUUGGGCUCAUUUGCGCCUUGUUAUUUGUGGUUUUUCCAACCAGAAGGCAUGGAAUUGGCUACCCGCUCACACCUGGCAAAUAGUUAUUCAUCCCCUUCUCUCUCUAGUUUAUUAAUUUCUUCAUUUUCUUCAGGAAUAGAGAAUGUAACACCUCAAAGUCAAACAUUGUUUAUUUGAUCAAUUGAAUAAAUUAGACAAGUUAGUAAGAUUAAUGUCAAACAUUUUUUUUCCA